UAACGAACGACAGUUUUUUUUUCUUUCUCUGUCCUCUCACAGAUUUUUGUUGACACAGUCAACAGAAGAAGUACGAUUUUGUGCAGCGAGGAGAACGUUUUUGGGGGGUUUUUUUUGCAGUGUGGGAUGCGCGGUUCAGCUGUGUGCAUGACGUAACGAACAACACCUCUGCUAUACUCUUUUGAGGGAUUCUGUGUCGGUCUCAUAACGAGGCUGCUGUGGGAAGCAACUUGUUGUAGUCUGUGCUAAUACUACUGAAACUUUUCAAAGAUUUCAUUUCAGUACGUCAUCUUACAGUAAUUUUAUUCCCGUCUGAUGGAGUAGCGUGUCAAGUCAAGAGUGCAGACAAUAAUCAAGUCUCGGAGCAGGAAAGAUGGCUGCGAGUAUAUUGAGGGAGGAGUUUCGUCUCAAACAUUUCCGGCUGAACCACCACAAUGACAGGGCCUUCUACUGUGGCCAGUGGAAACUGCCCCACAUCGUGUUUGUGUUGGCUCGAGUGUUACUGGCCGGAUACUCUGUCUACGCCAUGAUCCACCUCGUGGUUAACCACUACGAGAAUGGCAACAAGGGAGCCCUGAUGAGGUUCUUCACUGUCUGGUCUUACAUCCUCCUCAUGAUCCAUCUGGUGUACGCCGCGCUGCUCAGUAUUGUCUUUUUCCGACCCGGCCGACAAGGCAUACAGGGAGACGACUCCGAGAAACAGGCCGGGGUCCCCAUGACCAACAGGAACGCCAUCUCCACCAUCAGUAACGGGGGCAAGGACGGACACACAGCAGAGAACGGACAUAACGGCGGCGUGGUCAUCGGGGAUGGGUCGAAGAAGAAAUCACCAACGCCAGGUGAGCACGAAAUUGUGUUCGGAAACGACACUUCUUUGUCGACGGCGUGGUAUUUCAAACUAUCCUGGGUGUUGUCAAACUUCAUCACCUGCGCCGCUCCAGUAGUGACCAUCAUCUUUUUUGUCGCGAUCUACCCCAAGCAGAACAAAAAUGAGUCGUCUGUGGGCCUGCAAGACUUGAACGUCCACGCUCUCAACUUUGUCUUCGUCGUCGUUGACCACCUCAUCAGCGCAAGACCUGUGAGGCUCCUUCACGCCUACCUUCCCAUCAUCUACGGACUGGUCUACAUCAUCUUCAGCGUCAUCUACUGGUCUACAGAUCACAAAAAUCACGUGGUCUAUGAGAUACUGGACUGGAACAAACCUGGUAUCGCUUUUGCAGUGACCGUGGGCCUUGCUGUUGUCGCCAUACCUCUGUUACAGUUCGCCUUCUUUGGACUCUACAGACUCAAACUUUACAUCUGUAAAAAGGUGCAUGGGUAUGAUCUUGAUUAGACAUUGAGGACGCAUUGUUAGCUCAACUGGUAUCAUGCUGGACGAGAGAGCGGAUGGACCUGGUUCGAAUCCCCUACUUGACGUUUUCAAUUUGGGUUUUGUGGGGAGAAGUUUUUAAGCCUCUCUUCGCUUCUGGCUCAGUUCAAUCAAAAAUGGAGGCCAACUUCGGAAGUCUCGCCUCCUGAAUAACUUCACAGUGUUGAAACGGGCGUUAAACCUAUAGAGCUCGUACAUUAGUUUAGUACAAUGUUUUUGUGAAGGCAGCAGCUGGUCAAAUGUACCGGUUGUAUCUGCCCGAGAUUGAUUUGUUAAUAACCAGCCGUGUAGUUGUGAUAUACAGAGUGAUACUCUCGUUUGUCACUAGGGAAAAUAUACAAUGUUGGGUAAAAGUACAUUUCGACUCCCCAGUCUUAAAUUAUGUUACAUUUUUAAAAAAGCUUCUUUCGAGCUUGACUUCAUGGUGACCCAAAUGUGGUUGUACUUAGAGCAGAGAGACUGUAUGUGUGUACUUGGCUAAAAGUGAGUUUGAAAGGCGGGUGGUGUGGGGGUCUAAGUCUACUUUUACUCAUUGUUGUGUACUUCCUUUAUCCUGGCGUUGUGUACAUUCCCGAGUGGCACCAAAAAAAUAAUACUGGUAUUACUGGUAUCAUUCCCGAACCGUACAUAUCCUGACUUUUCAUAAAAGUCAUUGUAUACUGAAAUUACAAAUGACAGAAUACAUUCAAAACCCUUCAUCAUCAGCUUCACUCCAUAAGUGCUUUUUUACUUAUUUACUUACUUACUUAGUUGGAGAAUAGGCUUCAUUGCAGGCGGCACAAUGCGGUAGCUGCUCCUCC